CCCUUCAAAUCUCAAGAAGUCCACAAGUCUCUCUCUCUCUCUCUCUCUCUCUCCAUUAUUCUUCUUGUAGAGAGAGCUUUUAUGGCGGUGGAGCUCAUGACUAGAAACUACAUCUCCGGCGUCGGAGUCGACAGCGUAGCCGUACAAGAAGCAGCUGCUUCAGGUCUCAAAAGUAUGGAGAAUUUUAUUGGUUUAAUGUCUCAUGAAAGCUUUAACUCCAGUCAACCAUCUUCUUCCUCCUCCGCCGCCAUCACCGAUCUUGAACUAGCUCGUAAUACAACGGCGGACGCGGCGGUCUCCAAGUUCAAAAGAGUCAUAUCUCUCUUAGAUCGUACUCCAACCGGACACGCCCGGUUUAGACGCGCUCCGGUUAUUUCACCAACUCAAGAAAUUAAACCGACGCCGUUUCAAGCUCCGCCGCAGAUCCAUAAAGGUUCGUUUUCUUCACCGAUUAAAACGAUCGAGUUCUCUUCUCUCUCCUCCGUAACGGCGGAGUCUGAGCACAUGAAGCACCACCACCGUCGUGAAACGGCGCCAUUUGGUGCUCAAAGCCUCUCUACAACAGUUUCUUCACAUCGCCACCGUCCUUCUGAAACGGUGCCGUUUACUACUCAGAGCAUCUCCACAACGGAAACGGCACCGUUUGGUAAUCAAAGCCUCUCUACAACAGUUUCUUCUUUCUCCAAAUCAACAAAGAGAAAGUGCCACUCGGAGAAUCAUAUCGCCGGAAAAUGCGCCUCUGCUUCGUCCGGUCGUUGUCAUUGCUCCAAGAAAAGGAAGACAAAACAGAGGAGAGUAAUUAGGGUUCCGGCGAUAAGUGCUAAAAUGUCAGAUGUUCCUCCAGACGAUUAUUCAUGGAGAAAAUACGGACAGAAACCAAUCAAAGGAUCUCCACAUCCAAGAGGAUAUUACAAGUGCAGUAGCGUAAGAGGUUGUCCAGCUCGCAAACACGUGGAGCGAGCGGCCGAUGAUUCGUCCAUGUUAAUCGUUACUUACGAAGGAGAUCAUAAUCAUUCUCUCUCCGCCGCUGAUCUCGCCGGCGCCGCCGUAGCAAAUCUCAUUUUGGAAUCGUCUUGAAGAGAAAAAAAAACUUUUAAGGCAUAUGAUAUAAAAUUAGAUCUUUAGCGAAGUUACUUCUCUUUUAGUUCUGUUUUAAAUGACUGAAACUAUGAAUCAUGUAAUCAAAAACCUUCUGCGGAAGAUAUAACAUUUUAGCUAAAUUAAAAAUUCGAUUCAUAUUA